AUGGAGGGUCGUGCUGUAGACCCGGAGACGCUGUAUACAAAACAAAACUGCAUCGGUGGUGGAAGUUUUGGUAAAGUGUACAAAGGAGUCGACAAACGCACGGGCCAAGCGGUUGCCAUUAAGAUAAUUGACGUUGAAAAUGCCGACGACGAAGUCGAAGAUAUAAUCCAGGAAAUCUCCAUCUUAUCAGAGCUCAAUUCUCCCUAUGUGACGAAGUACCAUGGGUCGUACCUCAAAGGUUCCGACCUAUGGAUUAUAAUGGAGUUCUGCUCCGGUGGGAGCUGCUCGGACUUGAUGCGCGCAGGCAAAAUCGAAGAGGAUUAUAUUAUGAUUAUCCUGCGGGAGUUGCUAAUGGGACUGGAUUAUCUUCACACCGACAAUAAGCUACACAGAGACGUCAAAGCUGCAAACGUCCUUCUUACAGCAAGUGGGCAAGUCAAACUUGCAGACUUUGGUGUGUCUGGUCAGCUUUCUGCGACCAUGACGAAGAAGAAUACGUUCGUCGGCACUCCGUUCUGGAUGGCACCGGAAGUAAUCAAGCAAUCCGGCCACGACCACAAAGCAGAUAUUUGGUCUUUGGGGAUUACGGCUAUAGAACUAGCUGAGGGACAGCCGCCGUACUCUGAUAUACAUCCGAUGAAAGUUUUGUUUCUUAUCCCUAAAAACCAUCCUCCCACAUUACAGGGAAACUUUAGCAGGCCCUUCAAAGACUUUGUGGAACUAUGUCUCAGGCGGGACCCUAGAGAACGCCCAACCGCCAAAGAACUGCUGAGACAUCCGUUUAUAAAACGUGCGAAGAAAACGACUUAUCUUACAGAAUUGAUUGAGAGAUACGAGAGAUGGGUCACUACACAUGGAAAUGAGCUAUCCGACGACGAAGAUGAAGUGCCUACUUCUCCUCAUAAGCCCACUCCAGAAGAAGAAGAUCUUUGGGAUUUUGGCACCGUACGCCCAGCUGGCUUGGGAAGGGCUGCCGGAUUACGCGCCAUGAAUGAUGCCGCCGCGAAUGCGAGGGCUCAAGGUAUCGAAGAUCAUCGCCGCCAUGCCAUCAGCCAGGAUUUCGCUAGUUCUGAAAAUUUACAGCGCAAGCCAUCUAAUCCCACGUUGAAAGCUCCACCGUCACCUCAAAAGACUCCUCAGAGACAUAACUUCCCCCCCAGUUUAUUAUCUACAUCUCAAUUGCCACCACCGUCCAAGAUUCCGCUUCCGCCAUCUCCGCAGAAGACUAACUAUCAAGAGCAGUACAGUACUCCAAUACAUCAUUCAAAAACAUCAUUCCAAAUUGAAAAAGAAAGUCCCAAUAGUAUGGACUACGAUAGGGCUUUGCAACAAACGCUGGCCCAGGAUCUAGGAUACCUCCAGCUGGGAGGCAACUCCUCCCAUGCCGCUCCCGCUUCACCACCCAAAUCCCUUCCAACGCCCCCGGCAAAUGAGCAAGCGUAUAGAAAACCGGUCUCGGCGCAGAUUCCAGAAAUACCGCCAUUCAGGGGCCAGGCGAAAAGGACGCCCUCUCGGGACCUGCCCAGCCAACCCCAACCAUCAGCGCGUCCGCAAGCUCUUCCCGGACAGUUACCCCUUCCUCCUCUUCAACAUGAAAGAUACGCAGCAGGACCUAAUCAAAAGCCAUUACCACCCUUAGUAUCUCACCGACAAACCUCACUCUCCUCCCUCCAGUCCACAGAAGCUCCACCGCGCAAGUCUGCCGAUUCCACGACAUCCCAGUCCACUCUUGCGUUUUCUGCCCACCCAGCACCGCCAGAUAAUGAAAUCACUGCUCUAAAUGGCGUUAUUCUCCCUGCACUUGAGGCAGCGCUUCGUCGCCGCACCUGUAAACUUCAUGCACUGACACGCAACUCCGGUGGGAAGCAAAUUACCCCUGCUGCGGCCGAGUUAGCACAAAAGCGGCAAUAUGCGCAUGAGAAGUUGAAGAGGUUGGUCAUCAAGGCGGCUGGUGUGUUUAAGGAGAUUGAGAAGUGGGAUGAUGAGGCGCCCGUCCCUAUGGGCGGAGAGAUCAACUCGUUCUUGGAGGGCUUUUUAGAGGAAGUACUUGUCAGAGUUGAACCAGAGGAUGGAGAGGGGAGUCCUCCCAAGAAAUAA